ACGAACUCAUGGAUUAACAGAUAUCCUACUACCAAACCCAAUAAUUUCUAGAACCCAAUCAAGAUCCUCAUAAAUCCCAAAGGUCUAAAUCAAAUACAAGGGAUCUCUUGACAUCUCCCAACAUUGUAUAUGUUACCAGAGCCAUUCACCAACAACAAACUCAACCACCCAUCAGAUUGGAAACCCAGCAAUUGAAGCCCUCACAAUCUUCAUAUAAUAUUAAGGUUUAAGAGCUAGUUAAAGUGAUUGAGCCAUCCAGAGAAGAACUUGAAUUUUAUAAAAAUAAGUGUUCCCUCUAUGAAAAAUAAAUCCAAGAACUUACAAACGAAGUCCACAGAAUCAAAAACACUUGUCAAGAGAAAGUCACCUAUAUUGAAGACACUCAUAGAGUCUAACAAUUAGAAGCCAAUCUAUAAUAAUAUUAGAUUGAACUCAAUAGAGUAAAUACUCUCCUUAGAGAAACUACAAAUGAAUCAGAAUAAUUAAAGAUCAAAGUAUCUCAAAUGACUUAAUAAUUUAUGGCAAUUCAAUAGAAUCAAGUUGAAUAUGAGAGAAUUAAAAAGAGUUCUUAAGACAAUGAGCAAUAUUGGUAGAAUGAAAUCCAAAGAUUAAAUGUACUAGUCUCUUAAAGUCAAUCCCAAUUACAGUAAAUGCAAAAGACCUUAAUUGAAAGUAAAAAGUAUGAACAAUCAUACAUCCAAUAAUAAUAAGUGCAACAUUAAUUGACUACUGAACUUGAAAGAAUAACUGUUCUACUUACACAGAAAUCAGAAGAAUACGAUCAAUCAAAAUAAACAUAUAUUAAAGAGAUUGAAAUUCUAUCCAAGCGCAUGAGAGACUCUGAAUUAGAAAUCUAGGAUCUCAAGAAUAGAGAAGUCAAUUAUAAAUAGAAAAUUGAUGAUCAUCUAAGAGAGAAUCAUAACCAAUAUGAAAAAUAUAUGAAUGAAAUGCUCAAUAAAAAUGAAGAGAUUUCUAAACUGUAAUCUAUUAUUUAAACACUUCAAAUGACACUCUAAGAUACUUCCAAAUAUUAGGAGUAUGAAAUCAGAUCCAAAUUAUAAAAUGAAGAAAUUAACAAUCUUAAUCAAAGAAUCAGAAUUAAAUAGGAUGAAUUAGAUAAGUAUAAACAAUAACUCAUGAUUUAUCAGAGUUAAUUAUAAGAAUAUCAAAAAUAUACUGAUUAUGAAAUCAAGUAUUAAAAUCUGGCUUAGGAAUUCGAUAGAGUCAACAAUUCAUUGAUGAUCAAAUUAUAAGAAAAUGAUCAACUAAGAAAUUGUAUUGCCAAAUUAUAGAUCACUCUUAAUGAUCAUUACAAAGUAGACGAUUAUGAAAAUAAAAUUGGAUUAUAAAAUCAAGAAAUUGAUCGAUUACAUUAAAGUCUCUAACACAAAUCUUAAGAAAUAGACAGAUUGAAUAAUGAAAAUAAUAGAAUGUCCUCUCUAUUGAAAUCAAGAAAUGAGGAAAUUGAUAAUUUGAAAUUCAAAUUAUAAGAUAUUACUUAAUUGAAGGAAUAUCAAUAGAAGUUUGCCUUGCUCAGUACUGAAAUUGAGAGAUUGACUGUACAAUUAAGAAGUAAGAAUGAUGAGAUUGAGAAAGUUAGAUAACAAUUUUCAUAAUUUUAACUGAGUGAAGCAAAUAAAUUAAAAGAAUUGGAAUAAAAGAAUCUCGUUUAUUCGAAUGAAAUAGAGAGAUUGAGUAACCUCUUGAAAAUUAAAUUGUAAGAGAUAGAAUCAAACAAAAUGAAUAUCAAAUAGUUGUAGGAAGAAUGUGACAAUUAAAAAAUCAAAUUGAUUACUUAGAUGGAUGUUACUACUUACAAUGAAAAGAUAACUUAAUUAUCUCAAGAAGUUGAUUCAUGGAAAGUCCAAUUUAUUAAUUUAAAUAGAGAGUAUCAUAAAUAAUAAGAAUAACUUAUAUUAUCAAAUGCUGAACUCGAUACCUUCAAGAAGUAAAAAAAUGGAUCUUUUAGAGUAAAUAAUCAUUUUUUAUAUAUUUUUAGGUUGAAUCCUAUGAGAUCGUCAAAGAAAAUUAAAAUUCUAAAAUUUCGUCGUAUUAAUAUGGAGCUUUGGCAAAUAGGAAUUUAUGAUCAUUUAAAAUAUACU